UGAUUCUUCUCCAACUUGCUACUAGCCAUUCUUGCUGGACUGCAUAUCAUGCUGCCUCCAAACUAUUCCUCUUCGCUUUUAAAUUCGAGAAGCAAAACCGCGACCUCGCCGGAGAACAAUGGCCAAUGCACUGCCAGGCCAGAAAACCGGCGAGGUCACGGCGACGCAGAAUCCGUUCGAGUUCCAUGUGUACGGGCCGCGACACCUGUCGUCCCCCAGCUGGUGGGAUCUCCUCCGUUCGAGCUGGAAGGAUCCCAGCUACCGGCGGAUGGUGAUCGCGUGCUUCAUCCAGGGGGUGUACCUGCUGGAGCUGGACCGGCAGGACAAGCGCGACGAGCGCACCGCCCUUGCGCCGCAGUGGUGGCGCCACUUCAUGUACAGGCUCUCCCAGACACUCGUCGACGAGCGCGACGGCUCCAUCUACGGCGCCGUGCUCGAGUGGGACCGCCGGGCCUUGCUGGCUGGCUACGCGCCGUUCCGCCCCGCCGGCGCCCCGGCCGCCGUCGUGGCGCUCCGCGGCACGCUGCUGAGCGGGGCCACGUUCCGGCGCGACGUCGUGGACGACCUCCGGUUCCUGGCCUGGGACAGCCUCAAGGGCUCCGUGCGGUUCGCCGGCGCGCUGGCCGCGCUGCGGUCCGCGGCGCGCAGGCACGGCACGGGGAACGUGUGCGUGGGCGGGCACUCGCUGGGCGCCGGGUUCGCGCUCCAGGUGGGCAAGGCGCUGGCCAAGGAAGGCGUGUUCGUGGAGUGCCACGUGUUCAACCCGCCGUCGGUGUCUCUGGCCACGAGCCUCAGGGGCUUCGCGGAGACGGCCGGCGAGAUGUGGGGCUACGUGCGCGCGUGGCUGCCCUACGUGGGCUCGGCUGCGGCGGCGGACGCGGGCGGCGAGGCCAAGGAAGUGUCGCUGGGGCGCGCCGGGACGGCCAAGUGGUUGCCGCACCUGUAUAUCAACACCAACGACUACAUCUGCUGCUACUACACCGACACUGCGGCCGGGACGGCGACCGUGACGGCCAGAGGAGGGAGCGGGGGCAGUAAGGUUGCUGGAGGGGACGGUGGCAUCGGCAAGCCGGGGCUGGCGAGGAUGUUGACGGUGUCCAAGGGGCCGACCAAGUUCCUUGAUGCGCACGGGCUGCAGCAGUGGUGGGCUGACGAUGUGGAGCUGCAGGUCGCCCUCAACCACAGCAAACUCAUCGACCGCCAGCUCAGGUCGCUCUAUGCCGCGCAGCCGGCCUCGCCGCAAGUGAACCAGUAGGCUGUGUAGCUCUGUAGCAGCUCACAAAACGCUGAGAAAAAAACGCAACGCUAGCAUGAUGCUGUUGAUGGAUUGGACUCCGCUGCGUGAUGGUCCGCUGAGCGCACGGAUGAUGAGCGUUCCAAACAUUUCGGAUUUGAAACAGUUGUGGGCUUGUGGCAAAUUUAAAAAAUUCAAAAAGUGAAUUUCAAAAUAAUACGACUCCGCUGGGGAUCGAAACCCAGAAUCUCUGGUUCCGUAGACCAGCGCCUUAUCCAUUGGGCUACGGAGUCAUUUUUGUUUUGAAUUGUUAACCAGAUUUUAUGUCCUUUUGCACCUCAUACAAAUUUAUCACGAAUUUCCAGAUAAACUGAUUUGAUACAGUAAUUCGGUGUGCUCAGUAUAUAGUUUUCCGAAUAAAUGAAUUCGAUACGAUAAUUCGGCGUGCUCA